AUGAAUAACUACAGUGGAAUCCUUUAUCUGCGUGCGGUUUUCUGGGCCGCGUUUGUGGCUUUGUUUGCUCGCACUUGUAAUGGCGACAUCAGCUACUCCGUACCGGAGGAAAUGCAGAAGGGAAUGGUGCUUGGCAAUGUUGCUAAGGAUUUGGGACUCAGUGCUAAAACGAUAUUGGAUCGGAAAGCACGGAUAGACGUAGAGGGCAACGGCAGGCGUUUCUGUGAGCUACGAGGAGGAGAAUUGGUCAUUGCAGAAAUAAUUGACCGUGAAAAGCUUUGCGGAUCCAAGACAUCGUGUUCGUUAAAUUAUGAAUUGGUUUUGGAAAAUCCUUUGGAAUUACACCAGAUUAAACUUCAGAUUGAGGAUAUAAACGACAACUCGCCUCGUUUUCCUAAAAAUGAUAUUAAACUGGAAAUAAGGGAAUCUGCCGACAAAGGCGCACGUUUCCGUUUGGAUGAAGCGCACGACCCCGACAUUGGACGAAACGGAAUACAGAGCUACUCUCUGGAGAAGAACGACUAUUUCAGCCUUGCAGUGAAUUCGCAUGCAAAUGGUCGAAAAUACAGUGAAUUGGUUUUAGAUAAAGAACUUGAUCGGGAAGUGCAGAAAGAGGUGACGUUAUUGCUCACUGCUAGUGAUGGAGGCUCUCCACAAAGGUCUGGUACUGCAGUUAUACAGGUUACUGUACUUGAUGCAAAUGAUAAUCUUCCAGUAUUCAGUGAGAAUAUCUAUAAAGCCAGUAUACCUGAAAACUCUCCUUCAGGUACGGUAAUUUUGACAGUAAGCGCUAUAGACGCAGACGAAGGCGCAAAUGGCGAGGUCACGUACGCUUUUACGCACAUAUCUGAUGACGAGCUCAGGCAAUUCUCUAUCGAUACAAACACAGGGGAGGUCAAAGUGAUAGGAAUAAUUGACUAUGAGGACAAGACCGAGUAUGAAUUUUGGGUUCAGGCUAAAGAUGGAGCAGGACUGGCCUCUGAUGCUAAAGUUGAGAUCGAAAUUACAGACGUGAAUGACAACGCACCUGUGAUACAUAUUAAAUCACUUAAUGUGCCAAUUCCAGAAAAUGUAGCUCUAGGCACAGAGGUGGGAAUAAUUAAUGUUCAAGAUAAAGAUACUGGAGGAAAUAGACAGGUGCGGUGCUCCAUUCAACAGAAUGUCCCAUUUAAAUUAAAUCCAUCUAUUAAGAAUUAUUACACAUUGGUUACAACUAAUGAAUUAGACCGUGAGCUUGUAGGUGAAUAUAAUGUUACAAUUACAGCUACUGAUGAGGGAAGUCCUCCACUUUCUUCAUCCAAGACAAUACACCUGUCAGUGUCAGAUGUGAAUGACAAUCCCCCUGUGUUUGAGGAGCAGUCGUACAGUGCAUAUGUGUCUGAGAAUAACAAGCCUGGCUCCUCUGUGUGUUCUGUUAGUGCCAGAGACCCAGACUGGAGACAGAAUGGCACAGUCUUCUACUCUCUGUUGCUCAGUGAGGUCAAUGGUGUUGCACUCUCCUCAUAUUUAUCCAUUAAUGGAGACACAGGGGUGAUCCAUGCUGUGAGGGCCUUUGACUAUGAGCAGUUCAGAAGCUUCAAAGUUCAGGUUGUAGCCAGAGACAAUGGUUCUCCUCCACUCAGCAGCAACGUGACUGUGAGUGUGUUCAUAACAGAUGAGAAUGAUAACUCUCCUCAGAUAUUAUACCCUACUCCAGAAGGAAACGCCUUCAUGACUGAGAUGGUUCCUAAAGCUGCUCUUUCUGGCUCGCUGCUGUCCAAAGUGAUUGCUGUUGAUGCUGACUCUGGACAGAACGCAUGGCUGUCAUAUCAGAUCGUCAAGUCGACUGAUCCGGGACUUUUCACUAUUGGUGUCCACAGUGGAGAGAUCAGGGCUCAGAGGGACAUUUCUGAAUCUGACAGCAUGAAGCAGAACCUUGUGAUCUCAGUGAAAGAUAACGGACAGCCCUCUCUCUCUACAACCUGUGCCGUAUACUUAGUCAUCUCAGAUAACUUGGCUGAAGUUCCUGAACUCAAAGACAUGUCUUAUGAGGAGAACAACUCUAAACUCACAUCUUAUCUGAUCAUUGCUCUGGUGUCUGUGUCCACAUUUUUCCUGACUUUCAUCAUCCUGAUCAUUGCUGUGAGGUUGUGUCACAGGAGGAAGCCCAGACUGUUGUUUGAUGGAGCAGUAGCCAUUCCCAGUGCAUAUUUACCUCCCAACUAUGCAGAUGUUGAUGGAACUGGAACUCUCCGUAGCACUUACAACUAUGAUGCCUACAUGACAACAGGCUCACGCACAAGUGACUUCAAGUUUGUCACCUCUUACAAUGACAACACUCUGCCUUCUGCUACCACUCUGAAGAGGAGCCCAGGUGACAACAGUGAAUGCCUCAACUUCACUUCUCUCGACUUCACUGACAGCGCAUCCAAAUGCUCCACUCUGGUAAAUACUUGA